GCCCCGUUGCCACUCUCUCGGGGGACUACUUUAUAACUCAUCCCUUAAACGAAGGCAGACAUUCAGCAAGCUGAGGAGCUGCAGCUGUGGCCGAUUGCCAAACAAGCAAGAUCAAUUGCAAGUAGAAGAACGAGGGGAAGAGAAUAGAGAAAAAACCGAAAUGAGCAGUGGCGCAGGGAAGAUCGUGUGCGUCACCGGAGCCUCCGGUUACAUUGCUUCUUGGCUUGUGAAGCUCCUUCUCGCCAGGGGCUAUACCGUCAAGGCCUCUGUUCGUGAUCCAAAUGAUCCCAAAAAAACUGAACACUUACGCGCACUUGAAGGAGCUGAGGAGAGGCUUCAGCUGUUUAAAGCAAACCUACUGGAAGAAGGUUCCUUUGAUGCUGCUGUUGAAGGGUGUGAAUGUGUUUUCCAUACUGCAUCACCUUUUUAUCUUGACGUUCAGAAUCCACAGGCUGAAUUAAUUGAUCCUGCAUUGAAGGGAACACUUAAUGUUCUUAACUCAUGUGCAAAAGUCCCAUCAGUCAGACGAGUUGUCUUGACAUCAUCUAUGGCUGCAGUUGCUUAUAAUGGAAAACCUCGGACUCCAGAAGUAAUAGUGGAUGAAACUUGGUUUUCUGAUCCGGACUUUUGCAAGGAAUCUAAGCUUUGGUAUGUGGUCUCAAAGACCUUGGCUGAAGAUUCUGCAUGGAAAUUUGCAAAAGAGAAGGGCAUCGACUUGGUUAGCAUAAAUCCAGCAAUGGUGAUUGGUCCUCUUCUACAACCAACGCUAAAUACUAGUGCUGCUGCAAUUUUAAGCCUGAUAAAAGGAGCAAACACUUUUCCCAAUGCAACUUUUGGAUGGGUGAAUGUUAAAGAUGUUGCCAAUGCACAUAUUCAAGCAUUUGAGAUUCCAUCUGCAAGUGGACGAUAUUGUUUGGUUGAGAAAGUUGCACAUUGCUCGGAAGUAGUCAAAAUUUUGCUAGAGCUUUACCCGGAUUUCCAACUUCCAGAAAAAUGUGCAGAUGAUAAGCCUUACGUGCCAACAUAUCAGGUGUCUAAGGAAAAAGCAGAAAGCUUGGGUAUUGACUUCAUCCCUUUAAAUGUGAGCUUACAGGAAACAGUUGAAAGCUUAAAGGAGAAAGGAUUUGUCAUAUUUUAAGUAUCUCUAACUUCGUGACCUUUUUGUGAUAUUAAAUAAGCGAGUCGUGUGCUUCUCAACUCAUUAUUAUAUUCUUGGUUAUGUUUAUCUCGAAGAAAUUAUUUACAUUUUGUAAGCA